GCACAGGCCGAGCAAUGGAGCUCACCGUCCUACCUUCAUACAGCUGAAGAGGUUCGUUCGUGACAAGAACAAAAGGUAGGAGGAGGGGAGCUCGAUCCAUCGAUCGAUCCAUAUCGAUUUGUGUGUGUGUGUGUGUGGUUUUUGUGUGUAGCUAGAGUUGAGUUUAGCAAUGGAGGGGUUCCGGUGGAGCAAGCCGGCGGCCGGCUCCCUGGUGCUGUACGCCGUGUUCUUGCUGUCGGCGGCGGCCACGUCGGAGGCGAACAUCGGCGACUACGACGAGCACUGGCAGAAGCGUAAGCUCAUGGCGGACGCCGCCGCCGAGGCCACCUACAAGCGUGACCCUUUCGAGGUCACCAACGACUUCAACCGCGCCGUCCACAGAUCGGAGGAGAAGGAGACGGCGAGGAGGAGCCUGAUGCUGUCGAAGAGGAAGAAGUUCGCGGGGCCGUGCAAGGCGACGAACCCGAUCGACCGGUGCUGGAGGUGCCGCGACGACUGGGCGACGGACAGGAAGCGGCUGGCGCGGUGCGCGCAGGGGUUCGGGCGGAACACGACCGGCGGGCUGGCCGGGAAGUUCUACGUGGUGACGGACGGGACGGACGACGACGUGGUGAACCCGCGGCCGGGGACGCUGCGGUGGGGGGUGAUCCAGGACGAGCCGCUGUGGAUCAUCUUCGGGAAGAACAUGAUCAUCAACCUGAAGGAGGAGCUGAUGAUCGGGAACGACAAGACGGUGGACGGGCGCGGGGCGCAGGUGCGGAUCACCAACGGCGCGCAGGUGACGGUGCAGAACUCCAACAACGUCAUCAUCCACAACAUCCACGUCCACGACAUCGUGCUGGGCAAGGGCGGCAUGAUCCGCGACUCGCCGGAGCACUUCGGCUUCCGCACCCAGUCCGACGGCGACGGCAUCACCAUCUUCGGCUCCACCAACGUGUGGCUCGACCACCUCUCCCUCUCCAACUGCCAGGACGGCCUCAUCGACGUCAUCGCCAAGUCCACCGGCGUCACCAUCUCCAACUGCCACCUCACCAACCACAACGACGUCAUGCUCUUCGGCUCCAGCGACUCCUUCUCCGAGGACCAGAUCAUGCAGAUCACCGUCGCCUUCAACCACUUCGGCCGCGGCCUCGUCCAGCGAAUGCCCCGAUGCCGAUGGGGAUUCUUCCAUGUGGUGAACAACGACUACACGCACUGGCUGAUGUACGCCAUCGGGGGGAGCAAGAACCCGACGAUCAUCAGCCAGGGGAACCGGUACAUCGCGCCGCCGAACCUGGCGGCGAAGCAGAUCACCAAGCAGCUCGGGGCGGAGGAGUCGGAGUGGAAGAACUGGGUGUGGCACUCGGAGGAGGACCUGUUCAUGGAGGGCGCCUACUUCACCACCUCCGGCGGCGCCAUCCGCACCAGCAUCAACAAGAAGGACCUCAUCAAGCCCAAGCCCGGCUCCUACGUCACCAGGCUCACGCGCUUCGCCGGCUCCAUCCCCUGCAGGCCCGGCAAGCCCUGCUAGAGAGAGAGAGAGAGAGACGCCGCCGCCGCCAUGACCGGCCGGCCCCGGCUAGCCGGACACCAUUCUUUUGUAGCUGUCUCUGUGUGUCAGUGUGUGUGUGUGUGUCAGCUUUUCCGAUCUUCUGAUCCACGUAUCGUACGUACGUAUUCAAGAAAUUUCAUCUGAUCUGUGGCCGGGCUCGAUCUGGUCAAAUGUGAUCAUAUACUAGGUUCUAUAAAAAAACAAAUUGUACUAAGUAAACACAUUUUCGGAGGUUCGUGCGUGUAGCUGCAAAUUCAGAGGGCGAUGGGCAGAUGUUAAUUUGUGUGUACUAUAGGUCUUCUUGUUGCUGCAGACACGUACGAAUGCGUUGUGACGGCAGAAUGCACAUUCACGCAGGGGAUUGAUCUUCCAGCUAUUGUUUUAAAUGUACUUUUAAAUUAGUACCGUUUGUUUGGUUUCUCUUAAA